GGUGGGGAGGAGGCUGUGAGGAGGACAGAGUGCCUCUUGUCAGGAACGAAGGGGCUGGCUGGACGGUCGCUAGGGUCCUCUUGCUCCUCCAUACGGUGCGACUUCCCAGGGGCUCCCUUUUCCCAACCUCAGCGUUCGUGCCCGUGAAAUGGCAUCAACAGAAGAGCCAGGGGAGACUAGCGCUCUAGAAGGGACCCUUCUGCGCGUGGUGGGAUCCCAUUGGCCGGGCUGCCGCCGGCAGAGCCAAUCAGGGUACGCUACGGGCUCCCAGGACCGCCGGGAGUCAAAGGGCCACAUUCCCUCGCGGGGCACAAAGACGGUUGGUGGGACAGUGCAGGCCCCAGCCCCCAGCUAAGGACCAAGAUAAUGGACAGGCCAUCAACCCCGCCCUUCGAUCCCCGCUUUCCCAACCAGAACCAGACUCGCAACUGUUAUCAGAACUUCCUGGACUUUCACCGCUGCACCAAGAACAUGAAGAGGAGGGGGAAGGACGCGUCCCCCUGCGACUAUUACCGCAAGGUCUAUCACUCCCUGUGCCCUCUUAGCUGGGUGCAGCGUUGGAACGAGCAGAUCCAGGAGGGGACCUUCCCUGGCAAGAUCUGAAGGAGCCUCUCCCUGCUCUGGCUCUGGCGGCCAUCCCCCCCCCCCCCAAUAAAUGGACGUUUACAACC